AGCCUGCAACGUUAACAGUGAAUGGGAGAAUUUCCUGAUCCCAAUCGGGCUCGAGCCCAUGCAGCACUGCGCCCCUCCAAAGCGUCAUCGCAUAGAGCAAGAAGUACCACUCCGUCCUUCCUGAUUGCCAGGCACCCUGCUCAUGCGCCGGAAAGCGAGGCCAGCUUGCUCACACUAACAAAGGUACCUGCCGCAACUUCAGCAGGCAAGCAGAGCGCCCCGCCCCCGCUAAAGAAUUGACUGCUCCCGAAGCUGCUGACCAGAGGCUCUGACGAGAGGGACGACGACGUAAUUAGCCCGAGUCAACCGACGUACUUGCGCCUCGCUCCAAUUCUCGACAUUAUCCUGACCUUCAACCUCCCCUCACUAGAACUCCUAGCAAUCUUUCCCCCGUUGCUUCUGCCACGCCCUAGCUGCACAUCGUUCGACAAGAGUAUUCCCCUUGAUUGCGCACAUAACGCGACUCGUCGCAGCCAUGAACGUCCUGAAGCUUCAAAAGAAGUUUCCACAGCUCCCGCAGAAUGAGAUCUUUGGUCUUUCCGAUGCCUUCCAACGUUUGGACGUCGACGACAAGGGGUACUUGGACGAAGCUACCGCGAUCAAGGCCACGCAGCAGAGCGAAAACCAACCUUACGAUGUCGUCCGUCAAGCUUUGAAAGAAGUAGAGCUCGACUCCUCCCGACGCGUAGAGCUUGAAGAUUACGUUGGGCUUGUCGCCAAAUUGCGCGACAAUGCGUCUGGCCCGAAAGCUGCUGCUGCUCCCACCCCCGCCAGCGGUGGUGUCGUUUCUCAGCGCACGGGCGGUGGUCACGCUUCAAAAGGCAGCGUCAGCGGGAAGAUUCAGGUGCAAGGAUCCAAUGCUAAUAUCACCCACACGAUCAACGAGGAUGAGCGUACCGAGUUCACGCGGCACAUCAACGCGGUCCUCGCCGGCGACCCCGACCUUGGCUCUCGACUCCCUUUCCCUACAGACACCUUCGAGAUGUUCGAUGACUGCAAGGACGGCCUCGUACUGGCGAAGCUCAUCAACGACAGUGUACCUGACACAAUCGAUGAGCGUGUGCUGAACAUGGCGGGCAGGAAGAUCAAAUCCCUCAAUGCCUUCCACAUGACGGAGAACAACAACAUUGUUAUUGAGUCUGCCAAGGGUAUCGGCUGCUCUGUUGUCAACAUUGGUGCCGGAGACAUUAUCGAAGUGAGAGAGCAUCUCAUCCUGGGAUUGAUUUGGCAAAUUAUCCGCCGUGGUUUGUUGGGCAAGAUUGAUAUCAAGCUGCAUCCCGAGCUAUAUCGUCUUCUCGACGAGGAUGAGACCUUGGAGCAGUUUCUCCGUCUGCCCCCAGAGCAGAUUCUGCUGCGCUGGUUCAACUAUCACCUCAAGGCGGCGAACUGGUCACGAAGGGUGAACAAUUUCUCAAGUGACGUCAAGGAUGGCGAGAACUACGCAGUUUUGUUGGCACAGAUUGGUCCUGAGUAUGGCGUGACUCGUGCUCCACUACAGACCCAAGAUUUACACCAAAGGGCCGAGGAGGUUCUGCAGGAGGCUGACAAGCUUGGCUGCCGCAAGUUCUUGACCCCCAAGUCGCUCGUCGCGGGUAACCCCAAGCUGAACCUUGCGUUCGUUGCCAACUUGUUCAACAAUCAUCCGGCGCUUGACCCGAUUACCGAGGAGGAGAAGCUUGAGGUUGAGGACUUUGACGCUGAGGGUGAGCGGGAAGCACGAGUAUUCACCUUGUGGCUCAACAGUCUCGACGUUCAGCCCGCUGUCGUUUCCUUCUUCGACGAUCUUCGCGACGGAACUAUCUUGAUGCAAGCCUACGACAAGGUGAUCAAGGGCUCGGUCAACUGGCGACACGUGAACAAGAAGCCCGCCCACGGCGGCGAGAUGUCAAGAUUCAAGGCUGUGGAGAACACAAACUACGCCAUAGAGCUGGGCAAGCAAAAUGGGUUUUCGCUGGUUGGCAUCCAGGGCGCUGAUAUCACCGAUGGUCAGAAGAUGCUUACUUUGGGUCUGGUCUGGCAGCUCAUGCGAAAGGACAUUACCCUGACUCUGUCGUCGUUGGCGCAGAAGCUCGGAAAGAGGGAGAUCACCGACGCGGAGAUGGUGCGAUGGGCGAAUGACAUGGUCAAGAAGGGUGGACGCAACUCGGCUAUUCGGUCUUUCAAGGAUCCCGCAGUCGGCUCAGGUGUUUUCCUUCUGGACGUCCUGAACGGCAUGAAGAGCAGCUACGUCGAUUAUGAUCUCGUCACCCCCGGGCACACGGAUGACGAUGCGUACAUGAACGCGAAGCUUAGCAUCAGUAUCGCCCGUAAGCUUGGGGCUACCAUCUGGCUCGUUCCGGAAGACAUUUGCCAGGUCCGCAGUCGCUUGAUUACGACAUUUAUCGGUUCGCUCAUGGCAACGCACGAGAAGAUGUAGGCUCCCAAUUUGCCUUGCAGAAUGGCGGUCGGGAAACCGAGGCUGUAUGGUUUUCUUUUCGCGAGACAAUUGGGACUGUAAAUAUGCUACUCCUCUGAAAUCAAAUAUUCUCUUUCAAAUGAGUCUUUGCGCAUCAAUCCCAGCUACCACUGACCAGCCUCGCAAAUAUCUCUGGGUAGCCGCACUAAGCCCAAAAUGGAGACUUUUUCGUUACGUCAGCAUGAAUCCCAGGCAAAGAUUCUUUCAGCCUUCCGCAGCCAGCAAGCACUGA